CUAAGUACUUUAAUGGGCAAAUACUGGUGAAAUUAUUUCUAUUCUACAGUCGUUGACAUGUGAUGACGCUCUCCCACAUGUUUAGCACUUUCGACCCGGAGAGAUUUUACAGAAGGACGGCACUGAGCAGCCAGCGAUUGUUCCGACAGUGAGUUGUUGAAUGACUGAAACAGGCUGAAGCAUGGCAGUGCCCACCGGCAGAGCUCUGGUAUUCGUUACCGGGAACGCGAAAAAACUGGAAGAGGUAGUUCAGAUCCUUGGUGAUAAAUUUCCCUACAAACUGGUUUCUAAGAAGAUUGACUUGCCUGAAUAUCAAGGGGAACCAGAUGAUAUUUCUAUACAGAAGUGUCAAGAAGCUGCACGGCAGGUGGAUGGGCCAGUGCUGGUAGAGGACACCUGUCUGUGCUUCAGGGCACUAGGAGGACUACCAGGACCUUACAUAAAAUGGUUCUUGGAUAAACUGAAGCCAGAGGGAUUGUAUAAAUUACUAGCAGGUUUCGAGGAUAAAUCUGCCUGGGCUCUGUGUACAUUUGCUUUCUGUGCUGGAAAAGACAAGCCAGUUCAGCUGUUCAGAGGAAGAACCGAGGGCCGUAUUGUUGAGCCCAGGGGCCCAAGGGAUUUUGGGUGGGAUCCUUGUUUUCAGCCUGAUGGCUAUGAAAAAACUUAUGCUGAGCUCCCUAAAGAAGUGAAGAACAGCAUCUCCCAUCGGUACCGUGCCCUGGCAGCCUUGUCGGAACACUUCUCCCAGCUUAACAGCGCACCAGAGACCAAGAGCACAAAACACCAAGAAUGAGUACUGUUCUCUUUCCAAACAGAUUCUCAUAAAUGGUUUCAAAUAUACUCCGUCCCUAUUGUCUUUUAAAUAAAUGCUUUGUUUAUAAACA